AUGGCGAGACGUUUCGUCUCAGGCAAUGAGCUGAACGACUGGGAGCGUUCCAUCGCUCUGCUCCAGGCCUGGCUUCGAGGCGCUGCCUUGCGCGAGGAGCAGCUGCUGCCGGCCCUGGCCUUGAGAAACGCCGACGACCUCAUCAGCUUCAACGCGGCGCUGCACACCUGCACGGGCGCCGCUCGCUGGGAGGAGGCGCUGGGUCUCGUCCAGGAGCUGCGGAUGGAGGCCCUGCGCCCGGACAUCUACAGCGUCACAGGGGCCUGCAGCGUGUGCAGCCAUGCGGGUCAGUGGCAAAGGGCCCUGGCCCUGGCAGAAGAAGCGCGGAAGGGGCGGCUGCACCCAGAUGCCUUGCUCUUCAGUACCUUACUCUUUGCCUGCGAGAAGGGGUCGCAGUGGGAGCUUGCGGUUGAGAUCAUGGCCGACAUGCGGCGCUCGGAGGUGGCCCUGGACGCGCUGGGCUGCGGCAUCGCGAUCCGCGCCUGCGCGGCGAAGGGCAGCUGGGACCUGGCGCUCUGGGUCUUGGCCGGCUGUGAGAAGCCGGGGCCGCAAGCCUUCCUGGCGGCGGUGGAUGCCGUAGAGGCCAGCGGGGCUCCGGCCACCCCAGAGCUCUUCGAGGAGCUGUGCCGCAAGGCGGCGUCCAGUGCGGUCUUCUGA